AUGAAAUUUCAUUUCAAAUAUUUAUCUAUCAAUCGAUCUAUCUCCCUUCCUCUCUCUAUCUCUUUCUUUCUCUCUCUCUCUCUCUCUCUCUCUCUCUCUCUAUCUAUCUAUCUAUCAAUUAGCCAACUAUUAUAUUAUAUUAUAUUAUAUAUCUAUCUAUCUAUCUAUCUAUCUAUCUAUCUAUCUAUCUAUCUAUCUAUCUAUAUCGGUUUGUUCGUAUCUCUGUUUUAUUUCGUUUUUUCUAUCUAUCUAUCCAUCUAUCUCGGUCUGUUUGUAUCUAUCUAUCUGUAUAUUAAUUGUUUCUAUCUAUCUAUCUAUCUAUCUAUCUAUAUAUAUAUAUAUAUAUAUAUAUAUAUAUAUAUAUCCAUCUAUCUCGGUCUAUUCGUAUCUAUCUAUCUAUCUAUCUAUCUAUCUAUUUCUCUCUCUCUCUCUCUCUCUCUCUCUCUCUCUAUCUAUCUAUCUAUCUAUAUAUCUCAAUUUGUUCAUUUAUAUUUCCUUUUUUUAUCUAUCUAUCUAUCUAUCUAUCUAUCUCAGUCUUUUCGUAUCUAUUUCGUUUUUUUAUCUAUCUAUCUCUCUAUCUAUCUCAGUCAGUUCUAUCUAUCUCACUUUGAUGUAAGCAGGUGGCCAGCCAUUAUCUAUCUAUCUAUCUAUGUCGGUCUGUUCGUAUCCAUUUAUUUCGUUUAUACUCUCUCUCUCUCACACACACUCUCUAUCUAUCUAUCUAUCUAUCUAUCUCUCUCUCUCUAUAUAUAUAUAUAUAUAUAUAUAUAUAUAUAUAUAUAUAUAUCUCGGUCUAUUCGUAUCUAUCUAUCUAUCUAUCUAUCUAUCUAUCUAUCUAUUUCACGUAUGGCACUCGGUGAAUAUUGCCGUCAUCCUUUCUUUUUUUUUCUUCUCCGCCUUCUCCUUUUCCUCCUCCUCCUCCUUCUUCUUCUUUUCUUCUUCUUCUCUUCCUCCUCCUUUCCUCCCCCUCAUUCUUCUUCUUCCCUUCCUCCUCCUCCUGUUCUUCUUCUAUCCCUCCUCCUUGUCCUCCUUCAUGGUGAUGUGUCUCUUCAGAAUGUAGGCGAUCAGGGCUCGCCAUAA